CCUGCAAUCACUCCGUUGGAGUUAGCUAGAGCCAAGGCUAAAAUUGCCAACGACCUUCAUGGUUAGGUAGGGCAUCGAUGGCUUAUCUGUGAGACGCGUCUCCUACCAAAGAAGCAUUCUACAGCCCAACCAAAAAGGUCAUUAUAAUUGGACAUAUGCUUAAUUAGGCAGUAAUAAGGGAUAACGUUUACUUAAGCAAGGAGCUUGGUGCCAUGGAGGACAGGAGGACUAAACGUGGCUUGCGCUCUAGGAAUGCUGAUCGGAGCGAGGAUGAGAAAGGGGCUCGUUUAGGUUCGGGACAGGCCACAGGAGGCGGUGGCAUCUUUAAGUCAGCGGCGGUAGCAGUACUUCGCCAGCACCGCAAGUUGAUGACAACAGGUGACAUCACCAGGCUGGCUGUCGAGAUGGGGCUCCUGAAGUGUCAGGGCAAAACACCGGAGGCUACGAUGGCUUCGGCGCUGUACACCGAUGUCAAACGCAAGCUGCACAAGUCCCUCUUCACCAGGCCCCAGGAGGGAUUGUUUGGGCUGCGGGAGUGGCUGGAGGAGGGGUACUAUCCGGAGGGCUGGGUGGGGCCGCCAGACGGACUAGGUCUGGCCCCCUUCAAGCGGCGGAACACCGUGGGGGCCCAGCAGGGCAGCGGAGGUGGAGCCUCUUCAGUGGGAAAAGCUAGCCGGCAAGGGGUGCGCACGGGGCCGGGUCGCUCCUCCAAGUCGCGAGCCGCGCGGUCCUGGCGCAGCGCCGCUAGCGAUGCGGAGGACGAGGACUUCCUGGACGAUGAGGAGGACCCCAUGCUCACCAGCAGGCCGGGAGCGGGGUCCUUCGGAGCGGCUGGCGGUGCGGGGGGCUACCUGGGGGCUGGAGAUGAGGAGGAGGGCGACGAGGGCUACGGGGAAGGGGAGGACGGAGAGGAUGAGGAGGUGGAUGACGGGGAGGAUGGGGGCACGGACGGGACGGGGGAUGGGUUGGAGGAGCACGGCAGGGAGGAGCGGCGGCUGGCUGGCGGCGAGGGGGGCGCGGCGGUGGAGGGGCAGGCGCAGGCGGGAGGAGCCGCUAAGGAGGCGACGAGCAGCAUGCAUCCUCACGCUGGGCUGGCGUCAGGCCGGCGCGGUGGCAAGGGCCGCGCCGCGGGUGGCGCCGGUGAGGCCAUGCUGCCCCAGGACGAGUGCUUGUCGCCGCUGCACAUGCUGGGGGAGGCGGCGGCGAGUGAGAGCAUGGGCGACCUAGCGGCUGCGGCGGAAGAAGCGCACGGCACGCCGCCCGCCAAGCGCAAGCGCCCAUCCAGCAUUAUGGUCCCUGAGCGCGGCGGCGGGCUGGGCGGCGUGGAGGGAAUCACGCCGAAGUCGCCCUACGAGGACAGCCUGGCAGCGCUCCAUGAAAUCGCUACCAGUCCCUCCACGUUUGACCUGACAUCGCAGCGAGAGCAGCAGCGGGAACGGGAGGGCGGGGUUGGAUCGCGUGAGGGCGGUGGGAAGCUGGGCGGGCGGCAGCGGCCCCGGCUGCAAGUGGACGUGCCGGGCCACGGAGGGGAACUGGGCGGCGGCCCCGGCAGCCGCAGGGAAGGGGGCACGCCAGGGACGACUCAGCUUGCGGAUAACCCAAUGUUACAGGGCGAGACCACACCUGCCAUCCUGCUGCAGGCCUCUCCCGUCACCACAGCCUCGGGGCAGCAGGCCAUGGUGCUCCGCCAGGCGCCCGUGCUGGUGACGCUGCCGCCGGCGCUGGCGUCUCCCUCCGCGGCGGGCAUGGGGCAGCUGGACACCCCGGCGCUGCUGCAUGUGCAGCUGCCGGGCGGGACGCCGUCGGAGCUGGUGCAGACCACACUCAUAACGCCUACGGGCCAGCCGCUGUCGCCCUUCCGGCCGCACCCCGGGGGGAGCAGCGGGCCAGCUGGUCGUGGAGGGCUGCUCAGGGCAGACGGCGGCUCCGGAGCGACACGGCCCCCGGGUCGCCGGGUGAGCUUCUCCGGGCAGGUGGGGGUCCUGGGUCCGCCCCCGCCCUCCUUGGGGACACCCGUACAGCAGCAGCAGUCCAUGCAGCAGCCACCGACCCAUGGGUCAGGCGGCGGCGGAGGCCCGGCGUCGGCAAGCCAGGCCUGGCCUCCCAAUUUGACGCCGGAGCAGGUGCAGAGCGAGCUCGCGGAGAUCACCAGGAUGCAGACGGUAGUGGAGCGGUUGGAGUCCAAAUUAGGCAACACGCAUCCGCAGGUGGGCAAGGCCUGGCUGGCACUGUCGCGCAUGUACCAGCACGUCGCGGAGGCGGAGCGCAACAACGGCGGCACCGGCAGCACCAACAUGGCCAAAGCGGCUGCGGCCGUGAAGCGGGCCUGGGCGGUGUGUCGUGCCUGCGCUGAGAGCUGUGGCACCUCCUUGCAGUGCGAUGACUCCUUCCGCUACCUCACCAAUCGCACGAGUGAGGCAGCAGUGGAACCCGCAGCACCCGCGGAGGCCCCCCAGGCGCCCGCUGGGGUGCCGGCAGCUGGGGACAUGGAUACGGCGCCUGCGGCAGCAGCAGCAGCAGGUAAGGCAGCCAAUACGAUAGGGCAGGACGGGCAAGGAGGUUCAUCAGCAAGUCCAGUACAAGAGGGAUCGGGUGGAGGCGCCGUGGGUGCAGCCGGGGAAGGCGGGGCUGGGAGUCAGCAACCGGAGGAGCCGUCCCAAACGGCGGCGGCAGUGCCAGGGGAGGGGAAUGGGGUUGGGGUAGGUGUAGAGGAAGAGGGGAAGCAGUCGCCUCCAGUAGAUGCUAUGGAAGAGUGAAGAUGGAUAAGGUCUUUAUUACCUGCUAGGAGCAGUGUGCAUUCUGUGCAUGUCAAGCAAUGACGUUCAUGCUGCCUUGGCCUUGUAAAGGGCUGCCAUUUGGCUGCACUCAUGGCCAGAGUGCUUCGGGGAAUGCUGAAACGUCCAUGACUGCAUUCUCACAUUGGGCUGGCCCAAAUGUACCGUAUAGGAUAGACGGGAGAUGAUGAUGAAUCUCCAUCGGUAGACGCUCGCAUGUGCAUUAUAUUGAUUAUGAUCCAUUGUACGACACCGUGGGCAGUACACCGACUUGUGUGGUAGGCAUAUGUGGGUAGAAGGUCAACAUAGUAACGCACAGCGUCUGCGGUCUAUGUUUCUAGACGCGGUGUCCGUUAAUGUCUGGCAACAGGGCACAGCGGCCAGGUACCGUCCAAAGUCAGGUACCGCUGCUUGCGGAAAUGUGACUACUUACGCUGACGUCUUGCUUUUCAAUCCGGUUGUGCUUCAUCUUGUCACUAUGCCGUUUGGGGGUAAUGAUGCGUGUUGACACUGUUUUACGAUGGCUGUUGGUACCACCAAUGGUGACAUGCUUGCGGGCAUGGUGAGAGCAACGGGAUACCGGUAGG